AUAAAAUAAGAUGUAAAAAGAGAACAGUGCUGUUCGCUCGGAAAAAAAGGAAGAAGAAGACGCAAUCUGCCACGGGCCCAAGAAGUGAGUGCUGCCCCGUCAAUGUCGCCGGGAAGCCAAGAAAGGCAAAGCGAACCCAUUCAUUUCUCUCUUUCUUCCUCCGCCCCCUGCCCCCCUCUUCCCAUUUCUCCUCCGAAAUCGCUGCAUUUUCCGUCGUCAAUUUCACUUCGGCCGACUCGGUUCCUGGAGAGAAAGGUGUGGCGAUGGGGGGAAGCGGGACGCUGAUCUCCGUCUACCCAGACGACCUCACCUUCCUGUUCGAGCUGGACAAGCCGUGCUACUGCAAUCUCAAGGUCGUGAACAACAGCGAGCACCAUGUUGCGUUCAAGGUCAAGACGACAUCUCCGAGGAAGUAUUUCGUCCGGCCGAAUGCCAGCAUCGUCCAGCCGUGGGAUUCUUGCACCAUAACAAUUACCCUACAGGCACAGAAAGAGUACCCACCAGAUAUGCAAUCCAAGGAUAAGUUCUUGAUUCAGAGCACCAAGGUGGCUGCCAGUACCGACAUGGACGAAAUCCCCCCUGAUACGUUCAACAAGGAAGGUGACAAGGUGAUUGAGGAAAUGAAGCUUAGGGUUGUUUACACAUUGCCCAGUGGAAGCUCAGACGACUCUGGUGUUACAUCUUCCGCAAACAGGAGCUUCAGACAGGGGUCUGAUGAUCUCUCGAUGCUGAAGAAUGCAAGCAUUGAAGAGAUCCAGACAAUACAGCGCCUGAAGGAAGAAAGGGAUAAUAAUCUUCAGCAAAAUCAGCAAAUGCAACGUGAACUGGAUGUGCUGAGGAGGUGUAGAAGCCGCAAAGGCGACAUGGGUUUCUCCUUGACGUUCGCUGCUUUCGCUGGGAUCAUAGGUAUCCUGGUCGGGCUCUUGAUGAGCCUCAUCUUCUCUUCCCCACCGGCGACUGCUUAGAUGCGAGGGCAGAAAGCCUAGAGUACCAGUGUUCAGCUCAGUUCCCGGCUGCUGGGGGGAAAGGAUGGAAAAAUUAUAUUCUUAGCCUCAACUACCAUUCUUUGUUCUUUGCGUUGUAGUAGAUGUGCCUUGACAACGGGUUUCCAAUAUUUUGCCCGUGUUUCUUUCGUCUCUUCCAUUUGUAUUUAUUUAUCCUGAUUCUGUAAUUCUUUCUGUAUAAUUAGUUCAACAUAUAUCAGGAAGAUGUACGCAUUCACCUGUUAGAAUUGUAGAGGCUAAAGUGAACAGAAGUCCUUGUGCUAUCUAUCUAUCCUAAUUAUCUCCAAACGAAAAAAAUGAACUCGUCAUGUAUAAUUGUA